AUUGUCUCAACACCGUCAACCUCAUUCUCGAACUGUCAUGUCUGCGCCCAUGAUGAACAGCAAGAAUAAUAAUUUUUUCCAAGAUAUGUUAAUGUUAAACAUGUAUGGCAACAGUUAAUGUUUGAAUUGUUAUCUGCGUUUUAUAUGUAUAUGGAGGGGAAGAUGAAUCAUUGAGACAUCAUCAAGUGAAGGAGAAAAUAAAGUGAGUUCUUUCAGCAAUAGUGACCUUUACCCUGAUAAACAAUUAGUUCCUGUCAGAUCAUUGGUACGAUGGAUGUACGUGUGAGUGAGGACCAGUCCCAGAAAUGUUGGAUCCACCCUGCUACGCUGUCUCAAUUGAAUGGGGAACUGACUUUCUAUUUUAUGAUCUCUACUUCAGAUUCAGAAUACAUCUGUCAGGUUUGGCCAAAUGAUCAGAUCAGUACUAAUUGUCUCUGUUUCUCAAACGCUGUAUUUAAAAACAAGAGCAUACAUGAUUCUAGAAGCGUAAAUAACUCUGGAGAUGCAAUAUAUAUGAAAACUACUAUUUCAAAAAGUCUCAAAUUAACGUUAAUUGUAGAAGACCAUCAGAUAAUUAAAUUAUUAAAGCAUGACCUAAAAAUUCAUCCAAGUAAGGUGGAAAGUAUGUGCAAGAAUUUACUUUAUAAGAUCUGCGUGGCUAAAGAUUUUACUGUUUCAGUAGGCCGAACGCAAUUAGGGAAGUUAUAUGGGAUUUAUAAUAUUUUAAUUAAUUCUUGUGAUGAUGAAAACUACGAUGGUUUUAUAACUAAUCAGCAAACAAAGAUAUCAAUAGAUAGCAUUGUUAGUAAAGAAAGAUUUCUACAAAAUUUAAAACCACCCAACAUUGGUGGAUUGGAGAAAGAAGCUCAGGAACUAUGUGACAUUUUAUCUCUUCCAUUUCAAUGGAAAUCUCUUAUAUCUUGUGAAUUUAAGAAAGUAUUACCAAAGGGUAUAUUGUUACGUGGUCCUCCAGGGACGGGAAAAACUUCUUUAGUCAAACAUGUUGGAUGUGAAUGUAAUGCCUAUAUCAUAACAGUUAACAGUCCAGAAGUUUUUGGUGCUAGACCUGGAGAAACGGAAGAAAAUUUAAAUAAAAUAUUAGAGAAGGCUCUGAUCUUUAGUGAGGAAGGUCAAACUAUUUUGUUUUUAGAUGAGGUAGAUACCUUGUGUCCAGACAGGAGACAUAUGGACGAUCAGAAGGAAAUAAACUUGACUAAACUAUUGGUGGACUUCUUUGACAAGAUUACUGAUAAUGAGAAUAUUAUGGUGAUAGGUGCUACAAACCGUCCAGUGUGUGUAGAUAAUGUACUGAGGAGGCCAGGCAGAUUUGAUAAGGAGAUUAUGAUAAAUGUACCCAAUGAAAGUCAAAGGUUAGAUAUACUGAGGAAAAUUACUAGUUCCUUACCAUUAUCAGGGGAUGUUGAUCUGGAGAGGUUAGCCUUCAUAACCAAUGGCUAUGUUGGGGCAGACUUAGUAUCAGUAGCCAGAGAGGCAGUGUUACUUGUCAUAUUGGGAGGCAACCAGGGAAGAAAGUUAAAGAUGGAACAUUUUGAACAAUCAGUAAGAAAAGUCAUGCCUUCCAUCAGAAAAGGCACGGUUGGACUGGUAGAAAUGUCUCCUGUAGAAUGGUCUCAGAUAGGUGGGCUCUCUGAGGUGAAAGGUCAAAUACAACAGGCAGUAGAAUGGCCAAUCAAACACCCAGAAGCUUUCCAAAGAAUGGGAUUACCAUGUCCUAAGGGUGUUUUAUUGUAUGGACCCCCUGGAUGUUGUAAGACCACAUUAGUAAGAGCGGCAGCUACUUCAGUCAAUGCCACAUUUAUAUCACUGAGUGGUGCCCAUUUAUACUCACCAUAUGUUGGGGAUUCUGAACGGUUGAUAAAUGAGGUUUUUCAGAAAGCCAGAGCAGCAGCUCCAUCUAUCAUAUUUUUAGAUGAAAUUGAUUCUAUUGUUGGGAAAAGAUCUGAGAGUUCUUCAAACAGGGGAGUACAAGAAAGAGUUCUCUCCUCUUUACUGAAUGAAAUGGAUGGUAUAGGGAUCAAACUGGACGAUAAACUUCAUACAUCAGACAAAGUUAAAGAGGGGGAUAUGACUAGCAGUGAAUCAACAAAAGGAAAAUCGUACAAAGCAGAAAACAGGAAUGUACUGUUGGUAGCAGCUACCAAUCGUCCUGAUCUGUUGGAUGAUGCACUGGUUCGUCCUGGGAGAAUUGACAGAAUGCUUUAUGUACCUCCACCUGAUGAAGAGGCUCGAUUUGAGAUAUUAAAAGUUUACACAAAGAGAAUGCCACUGAAAAAUGUGAACUUAGAAGAAUUAUCAAAGAACACAAAUUUGUUCUCAGGUGCUGACUUACAAAACUUAUGUAGAGAGGCUGCUCUACAUGCACUGACUGAUAGUCUGGAAUCCACCUGCGUAACAAUGGAACAUUUUAGACAUGCUUUACUUACAGUGGAACCAUCUCUAACAGAAUCCAUGGUAGAACAAUAUACAAAUAUGCUAAAGAGAGGAUCUUAGCAGAAACAUGUGUCUCUGUAGUAUUUUGAUAUAUAUUUAGCUAUUGGUGAAUGACAAUAAAAUUCUUUGAUAGGAUACAGAUAGACAGUCAGGGGACUUACUUAAACAAGUGAUUUUCUAAAUCACUGAUUCAAGUAACAUUAUUUCCAUAAAGGUUGGAAGUUAGAGUUGUCUUUCUUUAAUAAUCACCUAUUUAAGUAGUACAAAUUAAUCACUAGAAGAAGUGAUUUAAUAUUAGUGUAGCUUUAAAUAUAGAAUACUAAUGAUCCAGGGACUAAUUAUGUUUCUAAACUUAUCAGAACCAACAUCUGUGUUGUCUAGGAUGACCAGGUCAUUUCAGGUGAUGACCUUGUACUGAAUCUAGGAUAAUGACAUAAAAAUCACUUGUUUAAGUAUCAGACCUCAAUUUCCUCCCCAAAAAUCACUUCUUUAAGUACCAUUCUUUUAAUAACACCCACUAAUUUCAACACCCCCGAACAGUGAAAUUUUUAUCGCGAACAGUAGAAUUUUAUUACAUAAUAUGAAAGAUGAAACCUUGAACUUCACAGGAAAAACACUCCCACUGCUGUGAAAAAUCUUUGAAGAAAGUAUCAGUUCAUUAUGUAAAGCCAUUAUUAUAGCAUUUUUUCAACUAAAAUAGAAUUUUCAAGUAAAUGAUAGCAUCAAAGGCAUAAACCUUGCUACUUAAAAGAAGCAAAAAGUUCAUAUUUUUUUAAUUUUACUAAUUAAAAGAUGUUAUUUAAACCUAUGUGUUUAAAAUUUUGAAAAAACUACAAAAUCCCAAUUUGUGACAAAACCUCGAAUUUGCUACUCAAAUAAGUGAUUUAAAAAUCACUUAUUUCAGUAAGUCCCCUGACUGAUAGAACAUUAUGGAAGUCAGUGGUUACAGAUUUUGUCAGACAAUAUAAAAGAAUGGUAAAAAAUAUUUGGACAUGAUGGAAAUACUGAGGAAGAUUGAAGUCUGUAGGUAUUUUGUAGGAAUCAAUAAGUGAAUGAAUAAAAAUCCUCAGAACACUAAAAUUUGCACAUGUGAUAUAGAUUAGAACUUUGGACUACUGAAAUCUGCACAUAACAUUGAAAUUCAGUAAAUUUACUGUAAUCUACAUAUAUGACAGAGACACUGGGGAAAUCAAAAAUCCAGGCUUAUGAUAGAGAUAAAUUUACUCAGAUAAUGUGGAACACUGAAAUCAACACUUAUGACAGAGAUAGUUGAAGGAUGACCUCCACACAUCAUAGAGAUAUUGUGGAUGACAGAAAUCUACACAAUCGAUAGAGAAACUGUGGACAAAUAAAAGCGAAGUAAAAUUUUA